AUGACUAAAAUCUCCAAGCCUUUGUCAGAGAUUAUGCCACAGGAACAGGAGACUCCAUCUGAGGAGGAAACUGUUUGUACGCAACAGCAACAGGAGACUCCACCCGAGUUGGAAACCGCUUGUACACAGCAGCAACAGGAGACUCCACCCGGGUUGGAAGAUACUUGUACGCAGCAGGAACAGGAGACUCCACCUGAGUUGGAAGAUACUUGUACGCAGCAGCAACAGGAGACUCCACCCGAGUUGGAAGAUACUUGUACGCAGCAGCAACAGGAGACUCCUCCCAAGUUGGAAACCGUUAUUACGCAGCAGCAUCAUGAGACUCCAGCCCAGUUAGAAAUAAUCUGUUCGCAGCAGACUCCAGUGGAGUUGGAAACUGUCUGUAUGGAACAGCAACAGGAGACUCCAGUGGAGUUGGAAACGGUCUGUAUGGAGCAGCAACAGGAGACUCCAAUGGAGUUGGAAUCGGUCUGUAUGGAGCAGCCACAGGAGACUCCAGUUGAGUUGGAAACCGCUUCUACUCAGCACCAACAGGAGACUCCAGUGGAGUUAGACACCUUCUGUUCACAGCAGCAACAGGAGAAUCCCCCUGAGUGGGAAACCAUUAGUACGCAGCAGCAAGAGGAGGCUCAAGCCCGGUUGGAAACCAUCUGUUCGCAGCAGCAACAGGAGAGUGUUGAUGAGUUGGACACUGCUUGUAUGCAACAACAACAGGAGACUCCCCCUGAGUGGGAAACGAUUAGUAUGCAGCAACAACAGGAGACUCCAGCCCAGUUGGAAAAUGUCUGUAUGCAACAGCAACAGGAGACUCCAGUCGAGUUAGAAUCCGUUUGUAUGAAUCAGCAACAGGAGACCCCAGCCAAGUUUGAAACCACUGUUACGCAGCAGCAGCAACAAGAGACUCCACCUCAAUUAGAAAGCACUGGUACGCAGCAACAACAGGCGAGACUCGAUGAGUUGGAUACUGCUUGGUUGCAGCGACAACCGGAGUCUCCAGUGGAGUUGGAAACCAUUAGUAUGCAGCAGCAACAAGCGACUCCAGCCCAGUUGGAAAAUGUCUGUAUGCAACAGGAACAAGAGACUCCAGUCGAAUUAGAAAUCAUUGGUAUGGAACACCAACAGGAGACUCCAGCCGAGUUGAAAACCACUGGUAAGCAGCAGCAACAGGAGACUCCAGCUAAUUUGGAAACCAUCAGUACGCUGCAGCAACAGGAGACUCCAGCUGAUCUGGAAACCACUGGUACGCAGCAGCAACAGGAAACUCCAGCUGAUCUGAAAACCACUGGUACGCAGCAGCAACAGGAGACUCCACUUGAGUUAGAAACCACUUCUAUACAGCAACAACAGCAGACUCCAGUUGAGUUGGAAACCGUCUGUACGCAGCAGCAACAGGAGACUCCAGCUUAUCUGGAAACCACUGGUACGCAGGGGCAACAGGAGACUCCACUUGAGUUAAAAACCACUUCUAUACAGCAACAACAGCAGACUCCACUGGAGACGGAAACCGCCUGUAUGCAGCAGCAACAGGAGACACCAGCCGACUUGGAAACUAUUCUUACGCAGCAGCAACAGGAGACUUCAGUCGAGUUGGAAACCGUCAGUAUGCAGCAUCAACAGGAGACUUCAGUCGAGUUGGAAACCGUCAGUAUGCAGCAGCAACAGGAGACUCCAGUCGAGUUGGAAACCGUCAGUUUGCAGCAGCAACAGGAGACUUCAGUCGAGUUUGAAACCGUCAGUAUGCAGCAGCAACAGGAGACUCCAGUCGAGUUGGAAACCGUCAGUAUGCAGCAGCAACAGGAGACUCCAGUCGAGUUGGAAAUCGUCAGUUUGCAGCAGCAACAAGAGACUCCAGUCGAGUUGGAAACCGUCAGUUUGCAGCAGCAACCGGAGACUCCAGUCGAGUUGAAAACCACUGGUAAGCAGCAGCAACAGGAGACUCCAGCUGAUUUGGAAACCAUCAGUACGCUGCAGCAACAGGAGACUCCAGCUGAUCUGGAAACCACUGGUACGCAGCAGCAACAGGAGACUCCACUUGAGUUAGAAACCACUUCUAUACAGCAACAACAGCAGACUCCAGUUGAGUUGGAAACCGUCUGUACGCAGCAGCAACAGGAGACUCUAGCCCAGUUGGAAAAUGUCUGUAAGCAACUGCAACAGGAGGUUCUAGCCGAGUUGGAAACCACUGGUAAACAGCAGCAACAGGAGACUCCAGCUGAUUUGGAAACCAUCAGUACGCAGCAGCAACAGGAGACUCCAGCUGAUCUGGAAACCACUGGUAUGCAGCAGCAACAGGAGACUCCACUUGAGUUAGAAACCACUUCUAUACAGCAACAACAGCAGACUCCAGUUGAGUUGGAAACCGUCUGUACGCAGGGGCAACAGGAGACUCCACUAGAGUUAGAAACCACUUCUAUACAGCAACAACAGCAGACUCCACUGGAGACGGAAACCGCCUGUACGCAGCAGCAACAGGAGACUCAAACCAAGCUGAAAACCGUCAGUACGCAGCAGCAACAGGAGACUUCAGUCGAGUUGGAAACCGUCAGUAUGCAGCAUCAACAGGAGACUUCAGUCGAGUUGGAAACCGUCAGUAUGCAGCAUCAACAGGAGACUUCAGUCGAGUUGGAAACCGUCAGUAUGCAGCAGCAACAGGAGACUCCAGUCGAGUUUGAAACCGUCAGUUUGCAGCAGCAACCGGAGACUCCAGUCGAGUUGGAAACCAUCAGUAUGCAGCAGAAACCGGAAACCCCAGUCGAGUUGGAAACCGACAGUAUGCAGCAGCAACAGGAGACUCCAGUCGAGUUGGAAACCGUCAGUUUGCAGCAGCAACUGGAGACUCCAGUCGAGUUGGAAACCGUCAGUUUGCAGCAGCAACCGGAGACUCCAGUCGAGUUGGAAACCGUCAGUAUGCAGCAGCAACAGGAGACUCCAGUCGAGUUGGAAACCGUCAGUAUGCAGCAGCAACAGGAGACUCCAGUCGAGUUGGAAACCGUCAGUUUGCAGCAGCAACAGGAGACUCCAGUCGAGUUGGAAACUGUCAGUAUGCAGCAGCAACCGGAGACUCAGGCCGAGAUGGCGACAGUCAGUACCCAGCAGCAACAGGAGAGUCCAGCCGAGUUGGAAACCUUCUGCAGGGUUUGUCUGGACGAAAAAGACAGGAUCCAAUCAGAGAUUAAGACGAAGAACCUCAAGAACCUCCUGCGUCUGAAUUCUGGGGUUUCCGUGUUGAAUGGCUACUGA